AUGGAACCCCUCCAAACACCACCAGAAACCUCCUCCUUCGUCCUCCUCGCCGACCACCAGUCGCGCACGCCAUCCUCCUUCCACUCCGGCCCCGCAGUCCUCCACUACCACAGCAAGCACUGCAAGCUAUCCAUCCUCGAGCACGAGCUCCAAGCCAACCCAAUCCUAAACUCCCUCCGCAGCGCAGACGCGACACCCACCGCAAACGGAACAGAGAACCAAAACGGCUCCGACGCCGAGGGCAAGGAGAUCGUCAUUGAUGGCGUAGACGUCUGGGUGACUUCCGAUAAAUUCCUCCUCUACAACCCAACCCACCAAAAGGGCCUCUCAAUCCCCUACCCCAGCAUCUCCCUGCACGCGGUCCAGCGCCUCACGCUCCCAGACACCCAGUCCGAAGUGCAAGGCCUGUACAUGCAAAUCGCGGUUCCCGAACAACCCGGCGUCGCCCAAGAAGACGACUUCGAAGAAUGUAUCACGUUGACCGUUGUCCCACCACCCGAGUCCCAGCAGCAGCAGCAAUCCGAGGAGGAUAAUAAGCCCGACGAGACGCCCACGCAGGCGCUGUAUAAUGCCGUCUCGGCGUGUUCGAAUCUGCACCCGGAUCCCAUGAGCGACGAUGAGGAUGAGGAGGGUGGUUCGGGGUUGUUGUCGUCUGGGCUUGUGGAGAUGGGGAGUGGAGAUGGGGGUUUGCCGCCGCCGGUGGAUGGCAGUUCGGGGUGGAUUACGGCGGAUAAUAUGCAUGAGUUUUUUGAUGAGGAGGGGAAUUGGAUUGGGGGUGGGGAGGAGCCGACUUUGUCUCUUGGGCCUGGGGCGGGGACUGUGAGGGCUCGUGAGGGGGAGGAUGGGGAUGGGGAUAGGGAAAUGCAGGAGGAUGAGGAGACGAAGUGGAGGAGGACGGAUUAG